AUGUCAAUUUUGGGUUAUGUUCCUGCUUUAGUAGUGUAACAUCUUUUGAAUCUUAAAAUGAAUAAAUUAUUGAGAAAAUUACCAGAAAAGUAAAGAAUAAAAAGUGUUGUGAUGUUUGCAGAUAUAUCUGGAUUUACUAGAUUAACAGAAUUGUUAAGCUAAUUGGGAACUGAAGGGGCAGAGAGAAUAGCAUUUGCAAUUAAUAGAUAUAUGGAAUUAUUAGUUUAAGGUAUAGGAAGAAGUGGUGGUGAUAUUUUCAAAUUUGCUGGAGGUAUAUAUAUAUUUUAUAUUAUUUAAAGAUGCUAUGAUUGUUAUUUGGCCUCCUCCUCCUAAUGAUUAAAACUUUCAGUAGAAUUUAGAAACUUUACUAAAAUAAGCCAUAUAAUCAGCAUUGUUAAUAUAAGAAAAAUUAACAAAAGCUUAGAUUGAAUAAGGAAUUUAAUUGAGUGUAAAGAUUGGGUUUGGAGUAGGAGAAAUGAAUAUAAUUCAUGUUGGAGGAGUUUUCAAUAGAAUGGAAUAUUUGGCAACUGGAGAUCCAUUAAUCUAAGCUUUUCAUUCUGAGCAUUGUUUAACAGAGGGUGGAAAAAUUAUUAUCUCUUAAUAGAUUUAUGAUAUGAUUAACAAUUUCUUUGAAUGUUAAAAAGUAGUUGAUCAUGAAGGACAUUAUGAAGUCAUUAAAUUAUAGUAAGCGAAAGUGAAAAUGAAGGCUGAUGCACUUUUAAUAAAAAAUAACAUAACCUUAUCAUAGUUUUAAAUGAUUAGAAAUGAGAUUCAAUCAUAUAUACCUGCUGCUCUUCUGCCUUACAUUGAUAUAAAUGAAGAAGCUUGGAGUGCUGAAUUGAGAAGAUUGUCAAUAAUGUUUGUUAAUUUAAAAAUGGAUCUUAAUUCUGCAAAAAAUGCUUAGGGAUUGGAAUAGAUAUAGAGAGUCAUUAAAACAGUAUAAAAAUGUAUUUAUAUGCAUGAAGGAUCAUUAAAUAAGCUUUUAAUGGAUGAUAAGGGUUCAACUUUAAUUGUUGUGUUUGGUCUUCCUCCUUUAAGUCACUAAAAUGAUCCUGUCAGAGCUAUUUUGACAGCAUAAUUAAUGAAUAAAGAAUUACCAAAAAUUAAUUGUGGUUGUUCUAUUGGAAUAGUUACAGGUACUGUAUUUGCAGGAGUAGUUGGUACAAGUGGUUCAAGAAGAGAAUAUUCUGUUCUUGGUGAUUCUGUAAAUCUUGCAGCUAGAUUAAUGUAAGCAGCUUGUUCAGAAACAACUCAUAAAAUACUUUUAUGUUUGGAAACUGCUAAAAGUGCUGGUAAUUGUAUAAGCACUGCAUUUUUAAGAUAAACUUAAGUAAAAGGAAAAAAUGCACCAGUCCACAUUUAUGUACCUCUUGAUAAAUUAGUAGAACCUACUUAAGGUAAUUUGUUACCUAAUUUCAAAAUUCAUAAUUAUGCUUAUGGAUUUGCAAAAAAAUCAGAUUUUAUUGCUAUUUAAUUAUAUGGAAGGGAUGAAUAGCAUAAAAAGUUAUUGAAUUAAAUAGAUAAAGUAAUUAAAGGUGUUGAUAAGAAAAGUUUGAUAAUUCUAAAAGGAACAUAUGGAUGUGGAAAAAGUAUUUUAGCUAAAAAGGUGUUGCAUAGAGUAUAGGAGAAGAUAAAUUCAAAUUAGUAUAGUCCAUGGAAAUAUGGUGAGUCUCCUCAUAUACUUGUAUAAUAAUUAGAUCCUAUUACUAGAACAUUUAAAUUAAAUGGAUUAAGAAGUAUUUUGAAAUAAAUAUUUAUAUUAUAUGCAAAAAGAGUAGAGAAAUAACCAAAUAUGGAUUUAUUUAAUAUGAUGGUGGAUGUUAAUAUUCAUCCAUAGAAUAUGGUUUAAAUGUUAUAAGAGAUAGUAGGUUUGAAUGAUAAUAGACAUUUGGAGAAGUUUCCUACUAGAUAAUAAGAGGAGGACAAAGAAAUUGAUGUUAAAAGAAUUGUAUUUUAAUUUUUAAGUAAUUUCUUUGAAUAAAUACCUAAUAAAUUUACAGAAUUAUAUGAAGGUAGAUCUCCUGAUUAAAUUGGAUGGGAUGUAAUGAAAUCAUCUGUUUAAAGAUAAAUUAAUUAUUCUAUUAAAUAUACUAAUAUAAUAGCACCUGUUGUUUUAUGUUUAGAUGAUAUAUAAAAUUAUGAUUAGAUAUCAUUUAAAAUUUUGAAAUAAAUGGUAAAAACAUAUGAUAGAUUAACAAUAUUAGCAUUAUAUAGAGAUUCAUUUUAAGAAAUGAUUAUUUAACCAAAAGUUGCAGAGAAAAGGAAAUCUCAAGAAGAUAUUGCUAUUGAAGGUAUAACAGCAUUAGAAGAUAUAAUGGAUGGAAAUCCAUUUAUAUUAAUGUAAUUAAGAGGAGUUGAAAGAAAAGGAGGAACUGAUGAUGAAUUUGCUAAGAUGAUAAGAUUUUCAUUCAAUAUUUAGAAAUUUACACCAGAAUAAGAAUUUCCAUAAGGUAUUAGUGAAAGUGGAAUUAGAAAAAGAAUAACUUCUUCUAUUCAUGAUGUUAUUUUAUAAGAAAAUCAAUCAAAAGAAAUUAAUAAUUAAUUUUUAUUUUUUGAAAAUAAAUAGACAUUAAUUAAAACUGAUGUUGAAUUAUUAUUUAUGUAAUGGAUUUAUAUGAAAACUGGUGGUAAUCCAUUAAUGGUUUUGAAUUUUGUUUAAAAUUUAAUUGAUUUAGAAUUAAUAAGAUUGAGUCCAAAAAAUGCUACUAUAACAAAUGAAUUAGUUAAUUUAAUUAAUUAUGAAGAAAGUAUUAUUGUAGAUGCUCCUUAUUGUAGAAUUGAAGUUAAUGGUCCUAUCAUUGAUAAAUUAUCAUGUUUAGAAUAAUUAUUAUUAAAAGCAGCUAGUGUUAUUGGAGAUAUAUUUGAUAUUUAAUUAUUGAAUAAAAUUAAUCCAUUUAAAAAUGCAGUCAAUAAUAAAUUACAAAAAUAUUUAGAUGAAUUAGAGUCUAAAGAAGUUAUUGAAGUUAUGGAAGUAAGAGAAUAAAAUAUAUUUUAUCGUUUUACUUGUCCUUUUAUGAGAGAUUGUCUUUAUUAGAGAAUUACAUUUAAAUAAAGAAGAUAAUUACAUAAAGCUGUUGCUGAAGCCAUUUAAUAAUUACCUUUACCUUUUGAAACUGAAGAAUUAGUAGAAUGUAAGAAAUUAUAAUUUUAAUGGUUAAUGGCAGAAUCUAAUGCUUAUUAAUAGAUUAAUUUUGAAAAUAAUGAUGAUAAUAAAUCUAAUUCUAAACCUAACUUUUUAAUGAAUAUAAUUAAUCCUAAAUGUACUUAAGAUACAUAAAAAUUUUAGAAUAUGUCAAGUAAAGCACUUAAAUCCAUUAUCUUAAAAUAAAUUGGAAAUAAAUUCAAUAGAUCUUAGAACCAUGCAAAUAUUAUUUUGAGAGAAGGAGUUUUGAUUAAGAAAUCUAAAAAUAGAGUAUCUUAGGUACCUAGAUAUGUAAUUUUGGAUGGAAAAGAACUUAAAUUGUAUUAAAAUAGAUAAGACUCUCUUAAUUGUGAAUUACCUUUAUGUUCAAUUCCACUUAAAAGUAUAUAUUGUGUAGUGGCUUUGGAAAAUGAAAAGAACUUUACAUUAUAAAUAGGUUCAACCUAUUGGUAUAAAUAGAUGAAGGAAAUGGGAGAUAGAAAGUUUUUAUUUGAUGCAAAAGAUAAUGAAGAUUUAUAAUUAUGGACAAUUUAUUUGGAAUUUGCUAAGGCUCUUGCUAUUUAUGAGGACUUUACAAAUAAUUAUGGUAAAAUUUGUUUUCCAUUAUCAAACCAAUAUGAAUAGUAUGAUGCACAAUUUAAAUAUGAUAUAAGAAUUGAAGUAUAUAUUAUAAUAAUAUAAUAAGAAUAAUAAAUCAAUAAGAGGAAUUUAAAUAGAGAAAACAUAAAAAAACAAUAAGGAAUCAAUAAUCUAAAGAAAUAGUAGACGAUCUAAUAGACAAUCAAAAUUUACAGUUACAAGUAAACAAUUUAAGUUUAUGGAAAAGAAUUAGACAGAUGAAUAAUAAAUAUAGAGUUCUUAAGUAGUUGAUAUGUAAUUAUUAAAAGAGAGAGUAAAUUUAUUUUUUUAAAAAGGGUAAUAUAUUUAAUAUAAUUUUAUUUAGUAUAUUACUUUUAUUUUCACAUAUAUAUGAAUAGUCAAUUUAAAAAGCAGAUGAUUUUAAAAUUUUAGGUAAUACUAGUAUAGCAAUGAGAAAAUUGAAUAAUGUAUUUAAAAUAGAUAAAUAAUUGAUUAAUGAAUAAAAUAAAAAAUCUAGUGCUUUUUUGCAAUAAUAAUAAAUAAUAAUUGAAGAUAAAUAAGAAACAAAAUAAUAAGAUAAUUGGGAAAUAGUAAUUUAGAAGGUUGAUAUAGAUAAUGAUUUAACAAAUAAUUAAAAUUAAAUGUUGGAUGAGAAAAUAUAAAAAACAGAUAUGAUUUUUGAGUUAGAGAGAAAGAAUUCAUAAGAUAGAUUAUAGGAUAUAGAUAAUGAUGAUUAAACACCUAAAUUAGAUUUAUAAAUUAAAUCAUAUAAAGAUAUAAAGGAAAAUAUAGAUGAAGAAGAAAUAGAUAAUUUUUAAUUAGAUGGUAUUUAUAUUAUAAUAAUUAAUAUAUAGAAAGUGCAUUAAGAAAAUAAUAACAUUUAAGAAUUCAAAGAUUAUAAAAUUUUAAAUGUUCUUUUGGUAAUGAUUCAUUUUAAAAAAUGCAUUCAGAAAGUAUAUUACGAUCUUCACCUUUGAUGAAAUAAGAAGAUACCUUGACUGAAGUUUUAGCUACUCAAUCUUAAACUGAGAAUUCUAAAAGAGAAUCAACUGAUAUAUAUUAAUCAUCAUAAUAACCACCUUAAUUGUUAACUAAAAUAUCAGAGAAAGAAUCAAUAACAGAUGCUUCUUGUUAAGUAAGUAGACAUUUAUCUACUUGUUAAGUGGAUAAGAUAAUUCCAGUAAGUAAUAAUUAAAGAUCCAGAUAAACUAGUAAUAUUAAUAAUUAAUAAAAUAAAUCACCUCCUCAUACAUAAAAAUCAUUAACACCUACAAGUCACUCAUAAAAAAAUAUAUAAUUUAAUAUAUUGGAUGAUUGUAAAUCUAAACCUAAAUUAGAUUCAUAAAUAUCAUCUUAAAUGAAUUCUGGUAGAAAUAAACCUGCUCACUUACUUACAAAUUAUAUUAAUUCUCAGAAAACCUUCUCUAAAGAUACUAAAUAAAAUCCAUUUAUUUAUGGUACAGCUAUCAAUAAUUGUAAACCAAUAACAGGUGAUAAUUUUAUUCUUAAGCCUGGUUAUAAAGUGAUAGUCUAAAAGAUAGACAAGAAGACUUAAUUAAUAGAAUGUUUAUAUGAGAAUUUAGUUGGAAUUUUUAGAUUGAGAGAUAUUGCAGUAAUUGAAGGUAUAUAAAAUUAACAUAUUGAAUUAAGAUCCUUCUAUUGAGUAAAAAAUAGAAAUUACAUAAAUAUUAUCUAAAUAAUCAAGUAAAAGUCCAUUAACAAAAUAACCAUAACACAAUAGACCUAAAUCCUUUCUAACUCCUACUAAAAAAAAUUGA